CAAUAGAACGGCCUUGCCUAUCCGGAAGGGGAGGUCGGAGAGUGGUGGCGGGAGGAUUUGGAUGCCCGUUUGGGAAGCGGCGUUUAUUUGAAGGUGGGACUCGGAGGAGCCUCGUUUGUUGCCAUGGAGCGGGGUCCGCGGCCUCCUGCCCGAGGGAAGGCGCGGGAGAAGCAGCCCCUUCGCGGGGACCCUUCUACCAGAGACGGGCUCGGCUGGGAGGCCGGAGGAGGCGGCGGCAGUAGUAGCAGCAAAAAGGCCAAGUUCCACUUGCACAUCAAGACGCUGACAGAUGAUGUGUUUGAUAAAUUUUCUAGCAUACGGAUUCCGGGCAGCAAGAAAGAGAGACCAAUUCUGCCAAAUAUGAAACAAUCAGAUUCUUCAAUUGGUGACUGGCCCCUGUCUGCAGAUGUAGAUAGCUUCAUUCCUACACCUUUAACAGAUGCAGAAAUUCUUGCACUUUUUGAAAAAAUGAUGGAAGAUAUGAAUUUAAAUGAAGAUCGAAAGGCUCCACUGAGAGAAAAAGACUUCAGUACCAAAAAAGAGAUGGUUAUGCGGUAUAUGGAUACUGCUUCUAAAGUGGGAUCCUUCAAAAGCAACAAACAGAUCUCGCCUCAGGAAUUCAUAUAUGAAUUGAAAACAGGAACAGCUGAUGAAAAACUUAUCAGUUGCUUAGAAUCCCUUCGUGUGUCAUUGACCAGUAACCCUGUCAGCUGGGUUGAGAACUUUGGACAUGAAGGACUUGGGUUAUUAUUGGACACCUUGGAAAGACUUGUUGAAACGAAACAUCAGGACAAGAUUUUGAAGAAGGUACAACAUAAGAUCAUACAGUGUUUGAAGGCUUUUAUGAAUAACAAGUAUGGUUUGGAGAGAAUAAUGGGUGAACAGAGAAGCUUUUCAUUACUGGCCAAAACGAUUGAUCCCAGACAAGUCAACAUGAUGACAGAUGUAGCUAAGCUGCUUUCUGCAAUAUGUAUUGUUGGAGAAGAAAACAUCCUUGAAAAAAUUUUGGAAGCCUUGACUACAGUAGCGGAAGAGAAGAACACUGAUCGGUUUUUCCCCAUUGUGGAAGGUCUUCGAGGGAAUUCAGUCCAUUUGCAAAUAGCCUGCAUGCAGCUCAUCAAUGCCCUAGUUACAUCUCCUGAUGAUUUGGACUUCAGGCUCCACAUUAGAAAUGAAUUUAUGCGUUGUGGAUUGAAAGAGCAAUUGCCACAAUUGAAAUGCAUAAACAACGAUGCUUUGGAUAUCCAACUCAGAGUAUUCAGUGAACAUAAGGAAGAAGAUAUGAUUGAAUUUUCACAUCGUUUAGGAGAUAUCAGAUCAGAAUUAGAUGAAGCAAAUGAUGUUUACAAUGUACUAUGGAACACAAUUAAGAACACAAGUGCAGAAGGUUCAUUUCUCUCUAUUCUUCAACAUCUUUUGCUGAUUCGAAAUGACCAUUGUAUACGACCUCUGUAUUUCAAAUUAAUUGAAGAGUGCAUUUCACAAAUAGUCUUGCACCGAAGUGGAAUAGACCCAGAUUUUAGUUAUCGUAAAAGACUGGAUGUAGACUUUAGUCAUAUAUUGGAUGUCUGCAUUGAGCAAAAGAAAAUAGAAGAGCUUGAAGACAAAGCAUCAGAUUUCUCAAAAAAGUUUGAAAAUGAAUUCUUAGCUCAUCAAGAGACAAAGGCACAGCUUCAGAAAAUUGAAGAAAAAAUUAGUCAUCUUGAUGCAGAUCAAAGAGUUCAUAAACACAAGGAUGGAUCAGUAACUAAUGGAACAUCUUUGGAAAGCCCCACACAUCUCCCACAAGUUGAUGCAACCCCUGAUUUAUUGGCACCUUUCACUGGGGCUGUGCCACCUCCACCACCUCCUCCUCCUCCUCCGUUACCAGCUUCCUUUACUAAUGGUUCAGGAAAGCCUCCUCUUGGUGUCCCUCCUCCACCACCACUACCAACAUUGUCUGGGGCACAACACUCUCCUACUUCUCGUGUUCUGCCUUUUGGAUUGAAGCCCAAAAAGGAGUUUAAACCUGAAGUCACUAUGAAAAGACUCAAUUGGUCAAAGAUUAGACCACAAGAAAUGAAUGAAAACUGUUUCUGGAUAUUGGCAAAUGACAGCAAAUACGAGAAUCCUGAUCUCCUAUGCAAACUAGAGCAUACAUUUUCUUGUCAAAAAUAUGCAAAAAAAGAUGACGGCUUUGAAGAAAAGAAAUCUGUUAAAAAAAGGAUCAAAGAACUGAAAAUUCUGGAUCCAAAGACUGCCCAAAACCUGUCUAUCUUCCUAGGAUCUUUUCGAGUGCCUUAUGAACAAAUAAAAACAAUGAUUCUGGAAAUAGAUGAAGUUCAACUGUCGGAAUCCAUGGUUCAGAAUUUAAUAAAUCAUCUUCCUGAACAAAAACAACUUGAUGAAUUGUCCAAACUGAAGAAUGAAUAUAAUAACUUGUCUGACCCAGAGCAAUUUGCUAUUGUGAUGAGCAAUGUGAAGAGGCUGAAGCCACGGUUGAGUGCAAUUCUUUUUAAGCUUCAGUUUGAGGAACAGGUGAACAACAUCAAACCUGACAUCAUGGCUGUCAGUGCUGCCUGUGAAGAGCUAAAGAAGAGCAGGAGCUUCAGUCAGCUUCUGGAGCUAGUAUUGCUAAUGGGAAACUACAUGAAUGCAGGAUCUCGAAAUGCACAGUCCUUUGGAUUCAACCUGUGCUCCUUAUGUAAAUUAAAAGAUACCAAAUCAGUUGAUCAGAUGACAACAUUGCUUCAUUUCCUGGUUGAAAUUUGUGAAGAGAAGUAUCCUAAUAUCCUGAAGUUUGUAGCAGACCUGCAGCACUUAGACAAAGCAAACAGAGUUUCAGUUGAAAGUUUGGAGAAGAGCCUAAAGCAGAUGGAAGGACAGCUUAAACAACUUGAGAGGGAUUUGGAGACCUUUCCCCUCUCUGAAGAUAUUCAUGACAAAUUUGUGACAAAGAUGUCCACUUUUGCAAUUCAAGCAAAGCAACAAUUCCAGAACCUCUCCAAAAUGCAUGAAAAUAUGGAAAAACUCUAUCGGAACAUAAUGGAAUAUUAUGCCCUUGAUUUGAAGAAAGUUUCAGUGGAGGAAUUUCUAACUGACUUAAACAACUUCAGAACCAUGUUCAUGCAAGCAACAAAGGAUAACAUGAGAAGAAAAGAAGCAGAAGAAAAGCAGAGCCGUGCUAGAAUUGCUAAAGAAAAAGCAGAAAAAGAAAAACUGGAAAGACAAGAAAACAAGAAACGUUUGCUAGAAAUGCAAACAGAAGGUGAUGAGACAGGAGUGAUGGAUAGCCUACUGGAGGCCUUGCAGUCAGGUGCUGCUUUCCGAGACCGAAGAAAACGAACAACGAGGUUUAAAGAUUUACCACAGAAUUUCAGUCCAGUUUCUGAGAGACCUGUUCUGAAAGCUUGUAACCAUGAAAAUCAGCAAGCACCAACAGAAAAGUUACAUUUCCAUCACAAUAUGAAUGCAAGAUCCACAAGGAACCUAGUCUGCAAAGAACAUCAUCAUGAAAUGGAAGCUAAUUCAUCUUUAGAAAAGAGGAAAGCUGUUGGGAAAAGGGAGAUCAGUAAUGGAAAAAGUGACAGAGGGAAGGAAACAGAGCCGGCUUCUAUUGUCCCUAAAGGCGAAACAAUUCCUGAAGUAGAGGCUUUGUUAGCGAGGCUGCGAGCCCUGUAAUUUCUCUCACCACUUAAUCAAUUAAGGAGAGUCCCUCCAGAUGUUUAAGAAAAAUGCUGUUAUCACUAGAGGAUGCAAGGGGAAUUAUUCUCCAGAUCAGAAAUGUUUGCCAUUAAAAUUAAAAGCAUAUUCCUAACUUUUAGGGCAGACAAAACACUACUAUGAUGGUAGCUUUCAAUAUGCAGAGGGGUAUGCAAUAUAUAUGAUCUUGAUACUGUGCCUUUUCUAAAUUUUGGAAUUGGCACCUCCAAUAGGAUUUUCAUGGCUGUUACAUAUUUAGAACACUUGGCAUGAUGCCUAUAUGCACACUUAUGCUCACUUUUAAAUAUUGAGCUACAUACUGACAAUUAUUUCUCUGAAUAUAAAAUAGUUCUUCAUAUUGCUAUAAUGUGGCUUCAUACUAUUGCUGCUGGUUAGAAGGCGAUUGGUAGCUUUAACUCAUUGUCUUGCAUGAAUAUCAAACCAGGUAUAGCCGUAUGUAUUCUGUUGCAAUUAGUGUGAAAUUUUAGAAAGAAAAUGAGGUGCAAUAAGUUGAAUUGGAUCCAGACUUGGUCAUUCAUAGAGUGGAUCUAUUGAAAUCAGUAGAACAUUACUAAUUUUGCUCCAUUGGUUUCACUGGGUUGACUGAGUCUGUAUCCAACUGACACUGAUGUUUUAUAAACAUUAUUGGUGUAAAUUGUGACCAAAAUAUGUUGGCGUGCACCUGUCUAUAUUUAAUGCACAGGUGGCACUUUCUACCUAAAGUACUCAUACAUGUAUGAUGAAAUGUAUAUUAAAUAUGUAGUUACUCUCAAACUUGAAAUACAGUUUUAUAUUACUGGUUUAUAAUAUAAACCUGUACCUACCAAAGAGUCUUAGUUUCUUUUAGGCUAAAAAUGAUCUUACUAUGUAUGUUGUGCACAGAAACACCUGUUAGAAAAUAACUAGUUUUCUUACUCACUUCGUGAUUCAGAGCAAUCUGAUAUUUGAUAGAGAUCUUACACAUAAUGAAUCAUCAUCGCAUAUUUGCUAAUCCAUUUGUCAAUUGCACACCUCUGUGGAGAUGGCUAAUCACUAUAAUAAUAUGUUGCUUCCAGUGUUAAUUGUAUAAGGGCUUUUGAUGGGUUUACACGCUCUUUGUCAGAUUGCAGGUUAUUGGACACCUCAAUUAGUAAUAUUCAAAAUGUUACCUAAAAAACAUUUUUUUUAAAAAAAAAAAAAGGUGCCUUAUUUAUUUCAGAACAAAUAAAAACAGAAUGCCAAAAAUGUGUUUUAUAUGAUGGAGGAUAAAAUGUAUUUUCACACAAAUGUCAUUAUCAGUAUCUUUUAAGGAUUGCAGAAUUCAAUAUACUGCUUUAUCAUA